GACGUCCUUUUCCUCCUGGAUGCUACAGCAAGCAUGGAUCCAUACAUCAAAAGCGCGAAGGAGCGUAUUAUCGAGAUUUGUACAAUCUUGAAUGCUUCAGGUCGAUUGGAACAAGACGAUGGUCUUCAAAUGGGGCUCCUUGCGUAUCGAGACUAUCCUGAGAGAGACACCGAAUUCGUGAUCAAGCCUCACUCAUUCACGUUCGACGUGCGCGAUAUAAAGGACCAGCUGCACAACCUCAAUACGAAGACGAAUGCUGAUCUGGCUGAAGCAUUUAGAACGGCAUUGGACUACGCACUGACAAAGAUGCAAGGAUGGAGAAGGGAUGCAGUAAAGGUAAUUAUUGUUGUAACAGACGCUGCUCCACAUGGCAUUAAAGAGAAUCGCAAUACGGACCGCUACCCUAACGAUGGGCCUGAAGGUAGGGAGUCCAACGAACUCAGAGACCCUCUUGAUCUUGCGAUAUCGAAGGCAGAUGAAAAGUACUCUAUCGUUGUACUUGCAUGUGAGCCAACGCUGAGUAAACAGACGGAAUACGCGAUAGAUUUCUACAGAGCACUGGCAGACUUGUCGCUAGGGGUAUACUUGCCGCUAACCGACCAUAGGGCGCUUUCGACGCUUAUCCUUGGUUCUCUUCUAGAGAAAAUGGAUCUGAAAAGGUUAAGCGAUAAAUAUCGGGAGGACAUCUUGAAGCGUGUUCUCAAGGAGGGCGCACCAGUUGAAUCGGUCAUUGAUGAACUCCAUGAAAAACUGCAGAACGAAGGCGAACACGUCAUGUCCGUCAAGUCAAGCAAUCCCUAUAAUGACAGCGACGAGUCAAUUCACAACUAUAAAACUUUUCUGAGUGCAGAUACUCUUAAGGAUGCAAGGGAAUCUUUGAAGGUACGCACUUUCUAG